ACUCGGGGUGUAUGAAGAAAUCGAAACUUUUUGCUUCCUUCCUUCAUUCGGUCAGCAUCCAUAGGAGCAUACGGCUGUCUACUAGCAAAACCCCUCGCUGGUGCGUGUAUACUACUGUACCCAGCGCAGUGAUAGCGUGAUAGCGAGAAAUCCGAGAACCGUUUUCGGUUUUCCGCUUGGAAUAGACACCAUCAAGACUUGGUGCGAGUGUGUGCUUUUAUUGUUGUUGUGUUGUUUUCCCCCUUCGUGGACGGCGUUCGUACGGUGUUUUCAAGUGUUACAGUCGCGCAUGUUUUGCCAAUGUAAACGCAACGCCGAAAGCGCCCGUGUAAGUUGAAAAUACGCACCCGCACACACAUUGAUAUACAGCCAAACACAGAUAGCAAAACGUCAAACAAGGGAAACGUCAAAUCGUCGGAUCGCCUCGCUAACCCAACGUUACUCCAAGCGAACGAAGCAGUGGCGGCGUUGUGCGUACUUGUAUUAAAACUAGCAAAAUAGUUUGCGCACGCGCUCGUGCAUGUAUGCGUGUGUGUGUGUGUGCAUUGUCGCUUCCCGUUGUGACGUUAAGUGCGUUUGUUUAAGCGAUAUUAAACCUGUUGGGCGUGUGUUAUUGUUGUUCUGAUUGUUUGACAACGUUUUCUAUUGUCUUCGCUACAUGUAAGCAGCAAGUGUGUGUGUGGCGCGCGCGUGUUAGUGUGCGUGUGUGAGUAAGUGGAGAUAACGAAGGAAGAAGAAGAAGGGGAAGGAGAAAGGAAACGGUGCGUGUGACAAGUGAGGCAAGUGGCGUGAAAAGCCAUGGAAACUAGCUACAACACGGCACCGAUCGGUGCUGGAACCAGUGAGUUCGACAUCAACAUGUUCGACCAGUACGUGUACAAGACGUUUCACACACCAUCGUUCGGCGAUGACGAGUUCGAUAUACAGUCGAUGAACAGCCACCUGCAGCAGCAAUCGCAACAGCAGCAACCACAACAGCAGCAGCAACAGCAGUCGCAGCAGCAGCAACAGCAUCACCAGCAACAUCAGCAACCGUAUCAGAUGCACAGCAGUUCUCAGCAACAGUCGGGACAUAUGGUGGGAAUGCUGCAGGAUCAGCAGCAGUCGAGUUAUGGCCAAUGGCAUCAGGAUAUGAACCAUCACAGCCCGUACACGCUACAGUCGCCGAACCAGCCCACCUACCAUCAGCUGAACGCUAGUCCGAACAACAAUCCCACGCUGCACGUGAUGCAGCCGCCCCAGCAGUCACCCUCGAUGGUACCACCCGCUCAGCAGCAACAGCAGCAACAGCUAUCCCCUCAGCAGCAGCAGCAGCAGCAGCUCGUUGGCGGAAAUGCGCACAGCUUCAUUGGGCGUUCGCCACCCCAGAACGGUGCUGGGCAGGGCACGGAGAAUGGUACCACCAGCGACGACAGCGACGACACGAUUCCGGCGAACUCCCUGAAGCGUCCGUCGUCUGAACCAUCGUACGGCGAGGAUGCGCUGGUCGUCGGUGCCGGGGCGGCCGGUAUGAAGGCGUCGGCGGCGGCCGCCGCCGCAGCCGCCGCAGCCGCUGCCAAGAAGCCCAAGGUCACCAAGAAGAAGAAAAAAAGGGAUCCCAACGAACCGCAGAAACCCGUCUCUGCCUAUGCGCUGUUUUUCCGCGAUACUCAGGCAGCUAUUAAAGGCCAAAAUCCGAACGCCUCGUUUGGGGAAGUUUCCAAAAUUGUAGCCUCCAUGUGGGACGUGCUAGCAACGGAGCAUAAAAAUGUGUAUAAGAAGAAGACGGAAGCUGCUAAGAAAGACUAUCUGAAGGCUCUCGCCGCCUAUCGGGCGAGUUUAGUGUCGAAGGGCACCGAAGGGGAACAGCAACAACAAUCACCACAACAAUCAAUCUACUCCCCGCCGCCACAAGCAACGCUGCAGCAGAAUCAGCAACCGCAGCAGCAUCACCAUCAGCAGCCACAACCGCCACCCCAGCAGCAACAUCAACUGCAGCCGCAACAGCAACAACAUCCACAACAACAUCCCCAUCAGCAGCAGCAGCAUCCACAUCAACAGCAGAACAAUCAUCUGGUGAACCACUCGAAGCAUUCGCCCCAGAAUGGACCCGCGCAACAAGCACCCGGCCAUCUUCAGCACAUGCAAGGACUGCAACAGGCACAGCAGCAGCAGCAACACUCAAAUUAUGCACCGUCGUACGCAUCGUCGUAUAAGCCAUCCCAGCAGGCUAUGAUGCAAAUGUCGCAUUCGCAUCAGAAUCUACACACUGGCCAGCAGCAACACCAAAACACCGCAUCGCACAUUCACGGGCCCAUGAUACAAAUGAAUUCGCAACAGCAGCAGCAGCCGCAACAUAUGCUAUCGCAUCAACAGCAGCAACAGCCGCCGCACAUGAGCAUGGCUCAGCAGCAGCAGCAGCAGCAGCAGCAGCAGCAACAACACCCAUCGAUGAUGAACCUUCCGAUGGCCGGCCAGCCACACUACAUGAACCAGCAGAUGUCCCACCAGCAGCAGCAGAUGCAGCAGCAGAUGCAGCACCAGCAACAGUUCCAGCAGCAGCACCUACUGCAGGAGCAGCUGCAGCACCAACACUUACAGCAAGAGCAGCAACACCUGCACCACCCGCAACAGCUGCACCAUCAACAGCAGCAGCAGCACCACCAUCAGGAGAUGGGGCAGGUGCAACAGCAAGAGCAGGAUCAAUCGCAUCUGCAGCUCGGGCCACCGAUGAUGCAUCACAACACCGGACAGCAGAUGCACCUGCAGCAGGGCUCAGUUGUGGACGAUCUGAUGGGGACACCGCAACAGCACCAGCAGCAGCACCAUCACCAUCAGCAGCAGCAGCAGCUACAGCCAACAUCUUCCACGUCACCGACACAGCAACGCUCCUGUCCGUCCAAAACGCAGUCUAUCAAGUCGGUGACCAUGCCGCAGAAAUGUAUCCGCCAGGGUUGCAGCAACGCAGCGAUCGAGAACCCGGACUGGGAGGAUGAGUACUGCAGUCAGGAGUGUGUCGUCGCCCACUGUCGCGCUGUGUUUGCGAUGUUUCAAAAAGAUUGCCUACAAGGCAAUGGUCCUUCGCAGCAGCCGCAGCAGCAGCAGCAGCAGCAGCAGGCAUUGCCGUCAGUGAAAUAGAUGCCUUAGACCCUUUCUACGAGCGAGUUGGCUGAGAUGUUGAUGGGUUGCAGGAAACAGCAAAAAAAAAAAAAACUGGAUGGGGAAGGCUUGCCGGAUACAUACAUACAUUCACUAUUCACCCCCCCCAGAAAACUAAUAACAUACGAUGACGAUUCGGCUACUCGGCGCGGCGGCUAGAGGCGUCGCACGGUCUGCGAACGAAUGCGAUUUCGUUCUAGCGCACCCUACCAUUUAACGAUUAUUAACUAGAGACUAGCGACAUAAGGAGCGAGAAUAGAGCGGACGAUUAAGAAUAGAACAAGACAUUUUUAUUUAGGAAAAACAAACACACACACACAAACACACUUUAUAAUGAACACGCUGAUGAUGAUGUGGCCAAACUAGUAGAAGAAACACACACUCUUAAGCAUAAAAGGCUCCUGGUUAGGCGCCGGGCUUAGGGGGGUUUGUUUUAUUUUUCCCCUUUAAGGAGGCUUUUAAGUUACGCGAAUGAGCUCGCGCGGUUUAUUUAUCCUAGCAAAACAGGCAAACACCUGCAUUAUUUGUUAUGUUUAACAAGCUUAACCCUGGCUAUGUUGGUCGCUAUCUUGUCACACUUUAGGAUGUUCGUCCGCCGGCCAUUGUUGCGAACGCCUACCGUGCAACAACGCUAAACGCGCUCUCAUUGUUAGGGAUUUUUGGUUUUUUUUUAUUGUUGGUAGGCUGUGACUUCCAAAGUAAUGAAAGCGCAUCGAUUCCAUUUAAAGUAGCUUAAAGUUAGCUAAUUGUGAUUCUCUCUCGAUUUGGGAAGCGAGAGAGAGAGAGAGAGAGAUAGAAAUGAAGAAUAAAAUCUCCCCAGCGGCUCCAAUUUUGAAGGAGCCGGCUAACGGCGGCCAUAUGUGGUGGGUAGUGCGUUGCGUGCAGGAACUCCGGUUUAACUGUGACUGGGAGAAACCCCUUUUUAUAACUCUCGGCGACCAUUGUAAAAUAUUGUUAUAGGAAAUGUAAUUUUUCAUGGUUUCCUUGUGCAAACAGUGUAUGAUUUGUAGUUUAAGCGAGCGUUUAUUUUUUUUUUGCAUUUUCGGUGUGCUUUAUCAUCGAACUUAUGGAAUGGGUUGAAUGAGGGCAGUGAGCUGCAGAGAUAGGAACAACUUAGCCAGGUCGUUACUAGGAAAGCUAAACAACAACAAAAAGCCAAAUCGAUUAUAUUACCCCUUUAACAGGAAACUGUGCGUAUUGCGCUGUAUUAUGUGGCGUUGUGCCCUAUUUGAACCGUUUCUUUAUGUGAUGUUCCUCAGAAAAGAAAAACCAACUGAAAAACAUGUCUCACAUAAUAAUGUAACAGGAAAAACACACACACACACCGAUGCGGGCAUAUGAUUUUAUAAUUCCAUUCAUAACGCAACACACAUAAGGCGUGUUGGCAACCUACACAACACACGACGCAGCACGCACCACCACCAAGCGAUAUAAUUGUUCGAACCAAUAAAUGAAAAGAAAAAGAAAAUCACA